CGUAGAGUGUGCGCAAUGAAAAUAUAUGUUCUCAUUCUGUGUUGUACAUAUCUAACUGAGUUUGGUCAGCCUUUCAUGAUAGUGAAUAAUUUAAUAAGAAUUACAACGACUAAUAGAAAUGGAACAAUUGCGUCACCGGGAUAUCCUGGACACUAUCCAAACAACGUGCUCUACACUUGGGAUUUAGAGACUGGAUUCCGGCAGGCAAAUGUAACUUUUUUUAUAAAAAGUUUGGAUAUCUUUAAAAACAGUGACGGCCACUGUGUGGGUGACUAUUUAGAGAUUGAGGAAACAAUGCCUUGCUGCUUUCGACAUUUUAGAAGAUGUGGCAAAGAAAGCAAUGUUUCAUUCGUGGCAACAGGAAACAGAAUACGAAUAUCUUUUUUAAGUGAUGGUAAAGACACCACACAAGGAUUCGUCCUCUACUGGCAUGGAUUUCUUCCAUCGAGUUCUUUCAGUACAACUUUUGAGGUAACAGCCGCUAAUCCCAUGACGACAAUGAACAACUCUUCUACAAUGAUGUCUGUAACGACAAGUACGUGAAUCAGAAUCUUACUCAAUGCGAGACUUUACCUGGACAAAUGAAUGUAUAUAUAUAGACUUGAGAUUGAUCACUGUUAGUUUACUUCACAUUUCAUACAUGUAUAUAGUGAUUGUAGCAGCCGAUGCAUAUCUUUGAAUUUCUCUUUUCUUUAACUCUCUAAAAAUAUAUCGCUCCCCAUACUCUCUCUCUCUCUCUCUCUCUCUCUCUCUCUCUCUCAACAAUUCGGACGUUUAUCAGAAAUCAAAAACUGAAAACCGACGACAGUAAAAGGACUAAUUUUCAAUGAUUAGCGCAUUUCUAAACCUGAUCACGGGAUUUGCAGAAAAUCUCAAAAGAUAAACUUCAGCAUAACAGGACGAGUAAUUUUUACACGUGUGUACACCACAUUAUAGUGACAGCGCAUUCAGAAUUUUUCUUUCUUAAAAAUUUUGCUCUUUGCAAGGUAUCUUACAAUAUUUUGUCCUCAGGUAGGAGCGGAUUAAACAUGGACUUUUAUAACAAUAUAAAUCAAAUAUGCCUGUUUAUUUAGAAUGUGGAAAUUCCUUUCCGUGUGCGAUAUGAAUAAAGAUUUCCACAGAUGAAUAAAAUGUA